GAAUACAAUACUAAACAACCAAACAACCAAACAACAAUUCACUCACCACACUUUUGCUACCAAUGCAGCCAAACAUAUACGAAAUCCACGAAUGCCAAUACCGCAUCUUACAAAUUACAAACGGAAAACACCACCCCCACCCAAAAGCCACAACUCAGCCUAAAAAUAUGGUAAAAAUACAAGACACCCCUCACCAGAAAGCUAACACAAUUCCCUAUCUAACAAAAUCAACAUUAAAUAACAUAAUAACCAAAAGAAUACUCCGAAAAACCAAUACGCAUAGACCCGUACAUAAAAUUAAAACUAUAAAACAAAAUAUUACUCAAAUAAGACGACAAAACAUUAACCUUACAAACAAGUUAAAAUUUCACACCAUACCAUGUGUACGAUCACGAAAUACACACAGUUGAACACCCAAAACAACACCCAAAACAACAAACAAGAUAAUAAAACCAUCUACAUACAAACCAAAGACUCUUAUAUCACCUCACUAACCAUUACGUGUAUUAGAAAUUAUCAAUCCCAAAAUGCGCACAAACAGAUAUCUCAGAGCGGAAAAACCGCCCUCACAAUCAAGUUAAAAUCUCUUAAACUAUAAUUGCCACCACCAAAAUAAACACAUCCUCAACAUACCAAGAUAUCAUACUAAACAACCAAAAAACCAAAUAACA